CGGGCGCGCCCGGCGAGCUCUUGAUUGGCUCCGGCGGGAGAAGGAAGCGGGCUGGGAAAAGGAGGGGGCGGCUGCUGUUCGGCGCUUCUCUUGAGAGAAAGGUCGCCUUGCUGUUUCGCGAGCCUCCGGGAGAGGGAAAAGGCAGCGUCGGCUGUCAGUGGCGGAAAGAAUCUGCUAAAGAAUCGCUUUGGACAGUGCUCACUUUUUAAGCUGAGUUGGACUUAGAAGAUGACGACCACUCUUUCUGUGCUGCGGGAGGAACUGACUUCUGUUGACAGCGAGCUCCAGGCAUUGGAGAUCCAGGUGCAAGAACUUCUGGAACGCCAGCAGGAACUUAUUCAGAAGAAGGCUGUGCUGAAGAAGAAGAUAAAGGAGUGUUCUGACGCAGAGAGCGGGAGCAGUAAAGACACCGAAUCGGCUGCAGUAGCUUGGCACAAGGAAGAUUUUCCUUGGUCCGCAAAGAUCAGAAGUGAGUUGCAGAAGAGUUUUAAACUCCAGAAGUUCAGGUCUUUGCAACUGGAAACAAUCAACGCUACCAUGGCAGGAAGAGACGUAUUCCUCGUCAUGCCAACUGGCGGAGGGAAAAGCCUGUGUUACCAGCUACCGGCAGUAUCUUCUGAUGGCAUUCGGCAGGAUCUUGAAGACCGCUUGAUUCACUUCUGGAACGACCCUCUGCUAGCAGAAUUGGACCCAACCCAUCAAGUGCACUAGUUCAAUCCUUUCAUUUUCAUAUAAUCAACAAAGCCCCAGAGAACCCUCCCAUAUGCACUUACAAUUAUUGUACAAAGUAUUUUCUUUCCUUACUCCUCCUAGGGAGCUAACAGCAAAGUUUUUCCUUAAGCUACAUAAAAAAUAAAACAUUCAUAUUAUUCAAUAUUAAACCUAAAUUUUCAUAUGAAUAAUAAUACAACACUUUUCAUUGUGAAGAUUCACCUACAUAAUUUCCAAACUGAGUUUCAGAUUUCACUUGAAUGGCUCUUCUUCUAUAAGAGCA